AUGUCUGACCCGUCGGACCACGUCGUUUCCACGCCAGGAUUCAAGAUGGACCUGCCCAAGUUCUCUGGCUCGCCCGGCACCUUUCAUGCGUGGAGCAUUCGCAUGAAGAUGGCGCUCAAGCUGCGCGGCGACGACGUCUGGGCAGCUGUGGAGGCAGGAGCAUCGUCAUCGGGAGGUCCAAGCUCAGCGACACGCUCAAGUGCAAGGAGACCGACAGCAGGAGAUCACGCCAACCUCACCGCUGCAAACCUCAUCGCGUCCACGCUCUCAGGCUACCCCCUUCUCCUCUUCACCAACGGAGAAGCAGACGUCAACGCCGGCCAAGGAUGGGCCCGGCUCAAGGACCACUACGCUUCGCAGGACCGCCUCCGCAUCGCAGAGCUCAAGGAGGCGCAGCUUCACGUCCCCUGCGGCAACCUGGCCCGCUUCUUCGAGCGACACAUGGAGCUGCAGCAGCAGUUGCAGGACGCGGGCGUGCGCCAGGACAACGAGGACCUCUUCACCAUCCCCCCGCUCACGCUUCCCUACUUUGCCAGUGGCCGCUUUCCCUCCCUCCUCGAGCUCAGCAUCAGGCUGCAGCAGCUGGAGCAGCAGAUGCGUGGUUCACGCACACAGCCGCAGGCAGGCGGCUUCGUGGCAAGAGCACCGCCACGCAGAGGUGGAAGACGCGGCUUCUCCAACAGCAGCAACAACCACGGACGCCAGGGACGCAACAACGGUGGUAACGGCAACAGCAACAGCAAGGGGCGCCGCUUCCGUGGCAACUGUCACUACUGUGGCAAGUAUGGACACCGUGCAGCAGAGUGUCGCAAGAAGCAACGCGACAACGGAGCAACAGGCUUCACUGCACAGGCACAGCAUCAACAUGGUCAAGACGCAGCAACCUUCGUCGCUGCCACAGCUACUACACCCACGCAGCUGCAUGACCCACUCACGUGGCUUGUAGACACUGGUGCUUCACACCACCUCACCUUCGUCAAGGACGCCUUCGUGGAGCUGACACCGCACCUGCAACAGCACCAUCCACGCCACAUCACUGCGUUUGGCGGCACACGUGUGCCCGUGCGCGGUGUUGGCUCUGUGCUGUUGCAUGCACGCACGACGAGCGGAGCCACGAUGCAGAUUGUGCUACAGGAGUGCCUCUACGUGCCCGAGGGCCAGGCCAACCUCAUCGCCCUCGGUCGUCUGACCAGGGACAGCAGCGGCAGGCCAACGGGCCACUCGCAGCGUGAUGGCGCUGAUGGGCACUACGUGCGCUUCAGCCACGGAGCCGAGGUCAAGCUGAAGGAGCGCAACAGCCUCCGGUGCUGGCCCAUUGUUGCUGUUGGUCCAUCCACGGCACACGGUCUCACCGCCGAUGCCUGCAAGCAACCACAGCAACCCGCAGCAGUUCCUGCAUCCCAGAGCAAGGCGCACACACCAUCGAUGCAUGAGGUGCUUGGUCACCGCAACGACAACGACGUGCAGCAGUACUGCAAGCUGAUGGGCAUCGACAUCGCAACGCCAUCAGCAGCAAGCAGUGUACAACGUGCGCAGUGA